AUGGGGCCUUGUUAAUCUUAAUCUAAAUUGAAAUCAAGAAAAGAUUUACAACAACCAACAUUAAUUCGAAAAACCGAUCAAGUACUCACAAAUAACAAUCCUUCACUAAUUCUUCCAAGUUUUUCUCCUAACCAGGAGCUUAAUAGUGAGCCUUAUGACGACACUAAAAAAAACUUGUCUUAACUAAAGGUUUAUAGAUCUUCAUACAAUCAGUUUUAUAGUGAAAUCACUUAAGGAAACAUGAAAUGUAUGUUUAUAUAUUUAUAUAAUAAAGUGUAGCUGAAUUAGAAGUUGGUUCAGCAUAAUUUAACAGGUAAAAUCAGAGUAGUUGAACAAUACGAAAGAAAUUAAUAAAAUGAAGAGUUCAUUAGUCAAUUGAAGUUGUAUUAUUUGGUAAUUGAUAAAAUAUUAUAGUUAUAUAGGAUAACCCUCGAAUUAUAAGUGUAUAUGAAUUGUUUAUCGAUGAAUAAUCAUUUAAUUUGAUUGUAGAUUAUUGCAGUGGAGGUCAACUCUCCAAUUAUUAUAUUGAUAAAUCAAUAAUUCCAUUUAAUGAAGUUGAAAUAGCUUCAAUCAUUUAUUAAGCAGCUGAAUCACUUAGAUAUUUGGAAUAGAUAGGAUUAACACAUGGUUUCCUUAAUUUAAAUAGUUUUUCUAGAGUAGAUAUGUCACAUAAUUUCCAAAUUAAACUUAGUGAUAUAAGGAGUCUAUUUGUUAAACCAAACUUAAAUAAAUAAAAUGUUUUCAGUCUUCCACCUGAAGCAUGUAUUACAAAAGAUUAAAAUAUAUUUAAUCAUUCUAGAGAUAUUUGGAGUUUAGGAGUGAUGUCAUAUUAAAUGAUUUGUGGAUAUCCUCCAUUUGAAGGAAAUACUAUAGAAUCAGUGAAAUCAUAAAUUAAAAAGAUGGCUGCUUAAUAUAAUAAUUUUUAAUUUGAUAGAGUAUCUAAAUUAUGUAGAUAAUUAAUAUAAAGAGUAUUGGUACCUAAUAAAUAGAGAAUCUCUCUUUAAGAUUUUAUGAAUGAUUAAUGGUUCAAAAUAAGAAUUAAAUAAAAUGAUUAAAAUAUCUUAAAUAAACUUUAGUAAAAUAAAGUCAAAAUUUCAGAACUCUAACAAUUAUUUUUGAUAUUUAUGAUCAAAAAUAUAUGUUCAACUGAUUAAUAAUAACUUUAUAAUGAAUUUGUUAAUUUAGAUGAAAAUUAAGAUGGACAAUUAACUAAAGAUGAGAUUCUUAAAGUGUAUUCAAAUCGAUUUGAUUCAAAAAUAGAUGCCAAAUUAUUCAUUGAAAAUAUUUUUAAAAUAGCUGAUGUUGAUAAAAGUGGUACAAUAGAUUUUGGAGAAUUUUUGGUAGCAAUAACUGAUAAAUCUGGAUUAUUAACUGAAGAAAACUUAAAGACAACAUUUAAAAUGGUUGCUUCUAGUAAUGGAAAAUUAACAACUUAAAAACUUAAAUUUCAUUUUAGUACAUCUAUUUUGAAAUUAGAUAAAAUGUUUUUAGAAAAUUUUACAAAUCCAUAAGUAUUUUAUAUAUUAAUUAUAUAGAAUGUUGGAUAUUCGGACUUUGAAACAAUGAUGAAAUAGUUAUUGUGA